AUGGCGGCGGCCGGCCCGGAGCGGCCGCGGCUGUGGCAGGAGGCGGCGGCGCUGGCGGGCGCGGUGCGCGGCGCGCUGGGGCCGCGGGGCGGGCGGGCGCUGCUGCUGCGGCCCACGGGCGAGGCGCUGGCGACGCGGGACGGGCGGCGGCUGCUGGAGGCGCUGAGCGCGGAGCCGCCCGCGGCCAGGGUGAUGGCGGCCCGCGCCUGCAGCCACCGCGCCGCGACGGGGGACGGCGCCAAGAGCUUCGUGCUGCUGCUGGCGGCCGUGCUGGGCGGGCUGCGGGCGGCGGGCGGCGGCGCCGGGCUGCGGCGGGCGCUGCGGGCCUUCGAGGCGCAGGUGCUGGAGCGGGCGGCGGCGCGGGGGCUGCGGCGGCACCUGCUGCCGGAGCCGCUGCCGGAGGCGCUGCUGGAGGCGCUGCUGGAGCCGUACCUGGCGGGCCGGCUGGGCCCCGGCGAGCGGCGCUGCCUGGCGCGGCUGUGCGCCGAGAUGUGCCGCCGCUGCGCCCCGGCCGCCGCCGCCCGCCCGCAGGUGCUGCGGCUCCUCGGCCGGCGGUUCGCGGAGCUGCACGCCGCCGUGCCCGGCCUGCCCCUGGCGAGCUCCAGGCUCCUGCCCGGCGUCGUCCUCCGCAGGGACUUCGCUGUCUACUGCCCGGCCGACGGGCAGCUGCGGGCCCUGCUCGUCACCGAGCCCCUGCGGCCCGCCCUGACGGCCCCCGGUGUCGAGUUCGUCGUGGACUCCGAAGGUCAGUAUCAGGCUUCCCUGCGCUGGAUCACCGACAGGACAGAAGCCUUAAUGAAACGCUUGCAGAGUAACAACGUGAAGCUGUUACUGUCGAGUGUGAAGCAAGAAGAAGUAGUUAUCUACUAUGCCAAAUUAUAUGGUGUGUCUGUGGUAGAGUGCUUAUCGGCAGAAGAAAUGGCCCUUAUCAGGGAAAUCACCGGUGUCUCCCCUUACACACCUUUCGGUGAUAACAUGGACAGAGAAAUAGCCGAAACUGCAGUGGUAACGUUCUGCCAGCCCUUGCUGCUCGUCUCCAAGAGAUGCGUCCACAUCGGCCUCAGCAGUGUGUGCGCCUUCCAGCCCCAUUGCCUGAUCCUUUGUGGGCCGGUGGAUGCUGUUAAUGAGCAGCAUGCUGCUGCUGUACAAGAGGCGUUCACAAUGCUGCAGCAGCUGUUUAAAACAAUUCAUCAGAGGGAGGGAUGGAAAGCAGAAGGUGAAAGCCAGAGGAAAGCCUUAGAUGUUUGCACUUGGCAUUCUUCAGCUACUCAAAAACAACUGGUAAUAGAAGAUGCUUGUAAUAGUAACCAGGUUUCUGAAUGUCAGUUGAAAGCACUUAGUGAUGAAACAGAGAGAAAAGUUUUAGACCCUGAUAAAAGUGAUCUGCUGGUCCACAAUCAAAAGAACCACAGCACUCCUGUGUUAGUGGCGUGUAACACUGAUAGAGUCACUGCAUGUGAGUGCCUGGAUAUUGACAAGGGUCCAGAGAAAACAUGUUGCCAUACAUAUCCAUUUAAACAGGAGGAGAAUUGUGCAGGUAUUGCACAAGAUGAUGCCAACUGCCUCAUACAAGCAGGAUCAGUUUUGCCAGUAGGAGGUUACUUUGAAAUCCUGUUACAUUAUUAUAUUCAGGACUAUGCAAAAGAGUGUCAGCAGUCAGAGGUAAUCAUUGUAUCUAACAUUGUUGCUGAUGCUUUGCUAAGUAUUCCCAAGGCCUUGUACCAGACAGCAGAACGAAAUGGCUUUACCAAAUUCUAUCUUGAAACCAUUAAUUUACUCCAAAAAAAUCAGCCACUGCCUGUAAACGAUGAAGGCUUAGAGUCAGUGUAUUGCAAAUAUCAGUUAGUCAUUUCAGUUCUUCAUUGUGUUACAGAGCUUCUCUCCAUAGACUUAGUAAUUGGUAUUAGGCGGCCACUCCAGAAAAUUGAGGAUCAUGACUCAGAAGAUGACUCUUGAAAUCGUUAAUAAAGAUUGAUUUUGAUUAUGUGUUGUUUCCCUAUGUUUUCUUGCCAAAUGGACACCCUCAAAAGUCAGUGCUAGAAACUAAAAGAUGCUUCUUCUCAGAAGAUAAUUGCUAACUAGCUGAGACUGUGGAAAACUGGGUUGUAAACAACAUGAACUUGACAUUUUGAGCGUGAGGAAGUGUAGCCAAUUUCCACUGCAGAACAUGGGCAGUGCAGUCUCCAUCCACAUGCUGAGGAUCCUGUGUACAUUCAAGCCGAGAGUCAACUUUGCCUCUUUUGGUGGAUUGAGUAUUUUCACAAGCUAGAUGUGAUUUGUUUUCUUGGCAUGUUAAAUUUUGCCAGCAUGGCAGAGUCACUGGACUUUCAAGUUACAAACCAAGGGGUGGAUUUUGUAGCCUUAAUAAUUAGCUGGAUUAAGUUUUUUUUUAAAUAAAAGUAUUUUGUAUACAUCAUGAGUUUGACUAUAAAGAUAAAAAUAUAACUCUUGUUAACCUGUUGAGCACUGGGACAAACAGCAAUAAACCACUGUUGUGUAUACCAAUGAAGAGUUCUUUGAUAGGGGAUGCAGCAUUUUUAUCUUCCAUUGAGUUUAUUUCAGUUGAACUAGAAUAGUUAAGAAUAAUUUCAUAACGUGACUUUACGGCAGUUUCUCUGGAAAAAUAGUUUAUGUGGCAUUGCUUAGUACAACUGUUAAUCACCAUGGGUUGAGUUGAGGUCCUGCCAUAAAAGGCUGUAUGCUUACCAGAAAAAUUUACCCAGGCACUAAUGCAGUUCUGUGUGAAAAACCUGAGAUAGUUCAGUCUUUGAUCAUUAGGGAUUUUAUUCUGGGUUUGUUUUUUUAUUUGGUUCUGUUUUUCCCUAAUUCUUUUUUCCCAAAAAUUUUCACUGUAAUAGUGUUUGCUGUAAGCCCAGUAGCACUUGCAUGCAUACCUCCCUUUCUACUGGGUCCUAAAAACUACAGGUUUGGUGGAGGAGGUUUUUGAGUAACUUGACCAGCUGUAGCUGAUAAUUGGUUCUCUGUGUGUUUCCCAGUGUUGCGUAAUACUGAGAGUAAUGGCUAUUUUUUUUAAUCUACCAUUAAAUAAGAUUAGUGGGGCUGUUUAAAACCGUAGGCAUAAAUCAUAUUUACUUGCUAUACCUGGGUUGUUUACAACCAGAGAUUUUUCCCCUCCAUUCAUUUAUGAUUUUCCUUUUUCUGUUUCUUCGGAAGACUCAAACUACGAAAGUUCUUUCAGGUAUUUUGUUGUUGAAGCAUUGUUGAGCAAUGUUUUGUUUGACUACAACUUUCCAUUGACAUUUUACAUAUAUUCCUGGUAAUAUAAAACACGGUAAUAUUUUUUUCCUGACUAAUACACUCUAACAGACAUCUGCAGAUGAAUAAUAGUGAAACACAGGGCUCACUACAGUGAUUUCU